AUGGAUAGAGAUGGUGGCGAUGAGGCGUAUCGGGAGGAAGUCACCCCAACCUCUUUCGAACAGGGCAAGGUUGAGCGCACGAUCGUUCACAUUUUGAGGCGCGCCUUGGCAGACUCUCCAGUGCCAGCAUCGUCGCAUCGAUUGCCCUUCCAGGAUUACGUGGAUGAGACGCCAACCGAUGGCCGAUCAUUGGAAGAUGAGGACGACCCUUCCGAUGAUUUCGAAGACUACAAUGAGGAUGGAGUGGGACUCUGUCGUCUGCAGCACGCGUCCUACGCAGGCCGUGGCCUGCGCGGUCUACCCGGCGGCUACUCGUCGCUUGACGCAUCGCGGCCCUGGCUCUGCUACUGGAUCCUCAAUGCCCUCGAUCUGCUCAACGCUCUGCCCGCCCCCUCCACCCUCUCAACAACAUCCAAGCCUCCCACAAAACGAGCCGCUUCUUCAUCUUCCACAUUGGCAUCGAUGACAUCGCGCGUCGUCGAUUUCCUCAAGCGGUGCCAGGCCCCGACGGGCGGCUUCGGCGGCGGACCGGGCCAGCUGCCCCACAUGGCCCCCACCUACGCCGCCGUGAACGCGCUGGUGAUCAUCGGCACCGAGGAGGCCUACAGCGCGAUCGAUCGACCGGGCCUCCACGCCUUCCUGCUCGCCCGCAAGCGACCCGACGGCUCCUUCACCAUGCACGAGGACGGCGAAGUCGACAUUCGCGGCACAUACUGCGGGCUGGCGGCAGCAGCGCUGGCGAACGUGCUCACGGACGAGCUCGUAGCCGGCACGCCCGAGUACCUCGCCUCCUGCCAGACUUACGAGGGCGGAAUGGGCGGAGAGCCGGGCAACGAGGCCCAUGGCGGGUACGCCUACUGCGGGGUGUCGGCGCUGGCCAUCCUGGGCGAGCUUCGGCGGCUCGACCUGCCGGCGCUCCUCAAGUGGACGUGCGAGCGCCAGAUGCGGUUCGAGGGCGGCUUCCAGGGCCGCACCAACAAGCUCGUCGACUCGUGCUACUCCUACUGGCAGUCCGCCAUCUUCCCCCAGAUCCAGCCUCUCCUUCAUCUUCAUCACCAUCAAGAAGAAGCAAUCGAAGAAGUAAAACGAGUAGAAGAAGAAGUGGAAGAGGUUGAAGAAAAAGAUGAAAUGGAAGAAGUGGAGGAGAUACCGAGGCCCGGCCGGGAGUGCGAGGGCGACCUCAUGUUCGACCAGCUGGCGGUCCAGGCCUACAUCCUGGCGUGCUGCCAGGACAUCGACGGCGGCCUGCGCGACAAGCCGCCCAAGUACCGCGACUACUACCACACCUGCUACGCGCUGGCGGGUCUCGCCGUGACCCAGCACAACAUCGACCCGGCAACGAUGCCACCCACCUGCCUCCACGGCCGGACGGCGACCGACCUCCUCAAGCGAAUCGACCCCUCGCACGGCAUCAGCGUCGAGAAGGUCCAGCGCGCCCGCCGCUACUUCCAGGCCCUCCCCGCGGUCAACAAAUAA